AUUGGGGCAAGGAGGAGGGUCCCCGCUGUCCCGCUGUCCCGCUGUCCCGCUGUCCCGCUGUCCCGCUGUCCCGCUGUCCCGCUGUCCCGCUGUCCCGCUGUCCCGCUGUCCCGCUGUCCCGCUGUCCCGCUGUCCCGCUGUCCCGCCUCUCUCCGCAUGCGCAGCGGAGGGGCGCGCCACCUCCACGCCUUCCUAUUGGCUGGGCCCUGCCGCCGCCGCGUGCUACCAUUGGCUGGCGGGGCGGCGGGCGGCCAUGGCGACGGGCGGCGCCGGCGGGCCCGGGGCCGGCGCUGGUUCCGCUCCGGCUGCGAGCAGGGGCGGCGGGCGGCGGGGACCGGGAGUACGUGCGGGGCUGGGCUGCUUCGGGCUGAAAACAAGAGGCUGAACAAGGUGACAGAUGCAGUGGAGAAAAGGGGACCGUACAUCAUGAGCAAGCCUCCCUCCAUUCAUACCAAGCUGCAGAGGCAGCGUGAGCUGGUGAAGGCAGCGCUGCGAAGGCAGGGGCUGCUGGGGGGACCCACGCUGCACCAGCCGAAGCCGGCAGCUAAAAGGUCAGUGAAGUUUAACAAGGGCUACACGGCGCUCAGCCAGACAGUGGAUGAAAACUUGGUCUCCCUCGAUUCGGACAGUGAUGGGGAGCUGGGAUCCAGAUGUUCCUCAGGCUACUCCUCCGCUGAGCAGGUGAACCAGGACCUGAGCCGGCAGCUGCUGCAGGAUGGGUACCACCUUGAUGAGGUCCCCGAUGAUGAAGAUCUGGAUCUCAUCCUUCCGAAACCCAUUGCCUCCUCUUGCCCCUGUUGUUUCGGAGAAAAUCUCUCCUGCGUGAUCCAGUAGAUGUAGCUCAGAUAGGGCUGUGCAAGAACAGGUUCAAAAGCCAGCACUUUCUUUGUCCCAUGGGAUGGCUGUUGGUGUCCGUGUCCCAUGCUAGGAUGGUGACACAAGGACUGAAUGAUGCUGUGAUGCCACUCAUGAUGACCAGCAGCAGCCAACCAACCCCAAAGGACUUUUCCUUACGCUCAGCAAUAUCAGGGAGAGGUGACAAUGGUGAGGUUUACGUGUCCUGGAUGGGACCUGUCACUUGGCUGGGGUGGGAGGGAGGAGAGGCAGAGCCUGGGCACCUCCAUAUGGGUAUGAAGGGAAGGAAUUGGGAGGUGCAGUAACAAAUGCCCUUUGCUUUGCUUGAGCUCCUCUUUUCCUCCUUUAACUGACCACGUUGAGGAUUAGGACCUGGCCCCAAACACGGAUUGCCCUCUCCAGCCCUCCUUAACGAAGAGGUGGUGGGUCGAUGGUGGGGUCGAACUGCCGUGGUGUAGAACCAGGUUGGGAAGCUCUGAGACCCUUUUUCUAUUUAUUUUUGCUUUAGUCACCUUGGCUGAGGCCAAGCAAGGGUGGGGUUGGCUGGCAGAGAGCUGCUCAGUUUCUUAUCUCGUGUUGCUUGCAAUUAAUUUCUGCUGGGUUUCCUCUUCCCAAAGCCUGGGCUGACCUGAACCAAAGAUUGCUCCUCUGGCGGAGAAGAUAAGACAGGGAGAAACCCAACGGAGCAGAUUGGGGCAGGCUGCUGAGGUUUGAGCAUCUGCAUUUGAUAUAUCCACCAGCAACUACUGCUCAGCCUGGGACCUCCCUGCUUUCUGCCUCUCGAGGGACCCUAAGUCCAUCAGUUCUGGGUUUGGAGCUAAUGGCUUGUUCCAGUUCUCCCCAAAGCUGCUUUGAUGCAGACAAGGGGCAGCACAGACCCUCCAUGCCAGCUCUGCACAGGUCCCUCUGGGUGUGGAUUUGGGGUGGUUGGCAAGUCUACCUGCUGUGAACCUUAAAAGCUGCCUUAAAUGAUGCUGUACUACAUAGAGAACAGUCAGCUUCUUAUAGAGAAACAUUAUUUAAAUAUUUGAUAUUUAGAGACCUGAA